AAAUCAAAAAAAGUUGCAAUCUUUUUCCUUCCUUCAAUCACUGUGGGUAGAGUAUACAUCUCCUUCUCUUUCUCCUCCCAAAUCAAGAUUCAAUUCAACGCCAUGUCGUCGUCAACUCCACCUCCUUCCCACAACCACAAACCCCCAAAUGAGCCCCAAAACGAAGAAUCCGAGCCCAAGAAGCUAACUUUCUUGCACCCACAGAAGCCCGCUUCGGUCCUCCCCUACAAAACCCCAUUUCUCAAGAGCCUCUACACAAUCGGCAAGAAGCUGGGUCAGGGCCAGUUCGGGAUCACCUUCCUCUGCACUGAGAAAUCCAGCGGCAUUGACUACGCCUGCAAAUCGAUUCCCAAGAAGAAGCUGAUUUGCAAGGAGGACUACGAGGAUGUGUGGAGGGAGAUUCAGAUAAUGCACCAUUUGUCUGAGCACCCGAAUGUGGUGAGGAUUAAGGGCACUUAUGAGGACGCCCUUUUCGUGCACAUAGUGAUGGAGCUCUGCGCGGGCGGGGAGCUCUUCGAUAGGAUCGUGCUCAAGGGGCAUUACAGCGAGAAGGAGGCUGCUAAGCUCAUCAAGACUAUUGUGGGGGUUGUGCAGAGCUGCCACUCUUUGGGGGUUAUGCAUAGGGAUUUGAAGCCUGAGAAUUUCUUGUUUAUUAGUGGUGAGGAGGAUGCUGCCCUCAAGGCUACUGAUUUUGGCCUCUCUGUCUUCUACAAACCAGAUGAGACGUUCUGUGAUGUGGUGGGAAGUCCUUAUUACGUUGCACCAGAGGUAUUGCGCAAGCAUUAUGGACCUGAGGCAGACGUAUGGAGUGCCGGAGUCAUUCUAUAUAUUUUACUCAGUGGUGUACCUCCUUUCUGGGCCGAAACUGAGAUGGGAAUUUUCCGUCAGAUAUUACGGGGGAAGCUGGAUUUUGAUUCUGAGCCAUGGCCUGCAAUUUCGGAUUUUGCCAAGGAUUUGAUAAGAAAGAUGCUCGAUAGAAACCCAAAGACAAGGCUAACUGCGUAUGAAGUUUUGUGCCAUCCUUGGAUUGUCGAUGAUAAUAUGGCUCCUGAUAAGCCUCUUGAUUCUGCUGUUCUAUCACGCCUAAAGCAGUUCUCUGCAAUGAACAAACUCAAGAAGAUGGCUUUACGUGUAAUAGCAGAGAGACUAUCUGAGGAGGAAAUCGGUGGCCUCAGAGAGCUGUUCAGAAUGAUAGAUACAGACGAUAGUGGAACCAUUACCUUCGAUGAACUCAAAGAGGGUCUAAAGCGAGUUGGUUCUGAGCUGAUGGAGUCUGAAAUUAAAGACCUUAUGGAGGCGGCCGACAUUGAUAACAGUGGCACCAUAGAUUACGGGGAGUUUCUUGCAGCCACUGUACACUUGAACAAGUUAGAACGAGAGGAGAAUCUGCUUUCGGCCUUCUCAUUCUUUGAUAAAGAUGGCAGUGGCUACAUAACCAUCGAUGAGCUUCAACAAGCCUGCAAAGACUUUGGCCUGAGCGAACUCAAUCUUGAUGAGAUGAUCAGAGAGAUUGAUCAAGACAACGAUGGGCAGAUAGACUACGGAGAAUUUGCAGCCAUGAUGAGAAAGGGAAACGGAGGAAUCGGGAGGAGAACCAUGAGGAAAACUAUAAACUUGGGGGAAGCACUGGGGUUGGGGGUUACAGAGAAGAAAGGAGGCAACUAACAAAGCUAAUUGGUUCAACAUUCUAAUUGAGAAUAUAAGCUCAUCUUGCUGCCUACAACCUAAGCCUAUGCUGACUUACAAUAUAUUAUCAGAUGCAUAUGAGAUUAUAUUAACAGUGCCAUUUUGUCUCA